AUGGUCAGUUUGUACUUGGAGGCUCAACUACUGUGAACUUUGCUGAUCCCGCCGGAUGUGUCCCCUUCCCCCGCCUAAUCGAACAUCCUCGGCGCCUCUGCCGCCCCCUCUCGAUCGACACCCUCCCGUACAACCUACUCUGCAAUCGCGCAUCGCAGGCUGGAGCAAUGGAAAACGCCAAAAAGACAAUCAAGAUCCGAGGUCAGUGCACCCGGCCCAACCCAUAACAGCCCAGAGGCCCUCGCAGCACCUCGGCUCCCCUUCCGCACCACGGCGUCCGUCCCGACUGCCGCUCGGUUACUGACGCCCUCGUUCGCACCCCUUGCUGGCUCACAGAUGAGGACCGGGAAUCCAAGUUCGGUUCCGUAUUCAGUGUCUCGGGUCCUGUCGUUGUUGCGUACGUCUUGGAUCAUUGGGCUGCCUCUGGAAGCCCCCCCCCUCCACGAGGCGGCCAAGCACAGCCACCGCACCUCGCAGAUUGUGAUACCCUUGCUGAAUGUUUUCUCUGCUUUCCACAUGCCUCUCUCGGCAACAGUGAGAACAUGGCGGGUGCGGCCAUGUACGAGCUCGUUCGAGUCGGUCACGACGAGUGAGUCUCGGCUCCUUCCUUGUCAGACUCCGCCCCGGACCCGGACGGAUCUCCUCCCACUCUCCAUAGUCGACAGUCCAGGGCUUCCGGGUCAAUGCCAUCAUGGUGGAAUGGUUGAACCUGUACUUUAGACUGCGACACUAACCACCGUGUCCUCCUUUCCUCCUUCACUCAGGCUCGUCGGAGAGAUCAUUCGUAUCGAGGCGGACAAGGCGACGAUCCAGGUCUACGAAGAGACAUCCGGCAUGACCCGGGGUGACCCCGUAUUGAGGACCGGAAAGCCUCUAUCCGUCGAACUGGGUCCUGGUCAGUCUCGAGGGUGAUGAGCGAAGUGCCGACUUGAGCGGCAAUGCCGAGGGCGGAUAGGCCACGUGCGGUAAACUGAUUUGUGCCGCGGAUCCCGCCGCCCAGGUCUCAUGUCCAACAUCUACGACGGUAUCCAACGGCCCCUCAAAUCGAUCGCCGACCUGUCCAAGUCGAUCUACAUCCCUCGCGGCAUCAAUACCCAGGCGCUCGACCGCUCGCUCAAGUGGGACUUUGACCCGAUCAACUUCAAGGUCGGCGACCACAUCUCCGGUGGUGACAUUUUCGGUAAAGUGUACGAGAACUCGCUCGUCAGCGAGCACAAGAUCAUGAUGAACCCGCGUGGGAUGGGCACCAUCACCUCGAUCAACGAGAAGGGCUCGUACGCCGUUGAUGUAAGCCCCUCGAGAGCAAGCUCGUCCCUCUCUUGGGAAUGCCGAGCUGACAAGCGCGUGGUCGAACUUACAGGACAUUGUGCUCGAGACCGAGUUUGAGGGCAAGACGACCCAACACACCAUGCUGCAGCUGUGGCCCGUCCGUGCUCCUCGACCAACAGGAGAGAAGCUGCAGGCCGAUUUCCCCCUGUUGACCGGUCAGCGCGUGCUCGACUCGUUGUUCCCUUGCGUCCAGGGUGGUACGACCGCCAUCCCCGGUGCUUUCGGUUGCGGAAAGGUGAGAGCGCCCAGAUUCACACACUCGACUCGAUAAUCAAAUGACAGGCCACUGACGCUGUGGGGCGGGCUGCUCUUGCUCACAGACCGUCAUUUCGCAAGCCGUGUCCAAGUUCUCCAACUCGGACAUCAUCAUCUACGUCGGAUGCGGUGAACGCGGUAAUGAGAUGGCUGAAGGUGGGUCGUUGCUCUCGAACAUGUAAAAUCUUUUGGCUCCGAAUGCUGAUGAAAGCGUGUGCCACUUGGCGCAGUCUUGAUGGAAUUCCCUGAACUGUCUAUCGACGUCAACGGCACCCAAGAGCCCAUCAUGAAGCGCACGACCUUGGUCGCCAACACCUCCAACAUGCCCGUCGCCGCUCGCGAGGCGUCCAUCUACACCGGUAUCACCUUGUCCGAGUACUUCCGUGACCAGGGCAAGAACGUCGCCAUGAUGGCCGACUCGACCUCGCGUUGGGCCGAGGCGUUGCGUGAGAUCUCGGGUCGUCUCGCCGAGAUGCCCGCCGAUUCGGGUUACCCCGCUUACCUCGGUGCCAAGUUGGCGUCCUUUUACGAGCGUGCUGGUUCGGUCACGUGCUUGGGUUCGCCCGAUCGUAACGGUACCGUUUCUAUCAUUGGAGCGUAAGUACAGUCAGGGGCGUCUUUGGGAUGGUCACUAGAUGCGGAUGGCUGAAUUUUUAGGUCACCCCUGCUUGCCACAGUGUCUCGCCGCCAGGUGGUGAUUUCUCUGAUCCCGUCACAUCCGCCACGCUCGGUAUCGUUCAGGUCUUUUGGGGUCUUGACAAGUGGGUCUGAGCAGCAAAUCAGAACGAUUUAGAUCGAUGAACGCGUUGACUGACCAGGCUUCGGGCUCGCAGGAAACUCGCGCAGCGAAAACACUUUCCCUCGGUCAACUGGAACGUGUCUUAUUCCAAGUACACGCGCGUGUUGCAGCCUUACUACGAGCGCACCGAGCCCGAGUUCCUGCACUACCGCAACACGGCCAAGCAGAUCCUGCAAAAGGAGGACGAGUUGGCCGAGAUUGUGCAGCUCGUCGGCAAAUCGUCGCUCGGCGAAGGCGACAAGGUCACGUUGGACGUUGCGCGCUUGAUCAAGGAGGACUUCUUGCAACAGAAUGGUAUCUCGGUCUACGAUCGUUACUGCCCCUUUUACAAGACGGUGAGCACCGCUCGUCACCCCCCGUUGAUGACUAGCUGACGUUAGCUGAUCCUCUGCUUGCCCUCGUGCGCUCCCAGACCGGUAUGCUCAAGAACUUUGUCACCUACUACGAGCUCGCGCUCAAAGCGGUCGAGACCAACACGACGACGUGGAACAAGACGCGUGAGGCGACCUCGGACGUCUGGUUCCGUUUGACGCAGCAAAAGUUCGAGGACCCGGCCACAGGCGAGGCCGUCGUCAAGGGCGAGCUGGACCAGUUGCACGCCGAUAUCGUCUCAACGUUCCAGAACGUCACCGAAUAG